ACACUCCUCUGUGUUUUCAAAUCCAAAAAUAAUAAUAAAAAUAACCAAAAAAAUUAUAUUAAUUUAUUUGUUUGGAUAUGUGUUCUCUUUCGUUGUUGUUUUAGGUUUUUCGUUUUGCUACUUGCUCGUGGUGGAAUUGGCAAUGCGUGGAGCAAUUUUAGAGCCUGCCUUUGGUUCGGAAUUCAGAAGUAGAUUUGUGAUUAACAGCGCUUUCUUUAGAUAUGUUUGAUUGGAACGAAGAAGAGCUAACAAAUAUAAUAUGGGAUGAGGUUGGUGAGACUGAUGACCAUAUAGUACCUUAUCAAGAGGGAAGUGGCAACUGUCAUAGUAAGAUAGAAUGGAGUCAAGAAACUGCAACCAUAAAGUGUUCGGAGGAAAAGACACCAGGAGACAGAGUUGAUCUUCAUCGAAAAAAGUUGGAAGGCAGUUCCAGUUACAAUGCAAAUGGAGGGAUUGCCACCUCGGGAUUUGCCAUGGGCUUGUUGCCAGAGUUAUCUUUAUCUAAUGCAGCAAAAACGUACAAGGAUUCCAUUGAUAGCAAAGUCUCUAACAGUUUGGUUGAAGUAGCUAAAUCUAGUUCGAAUGAUGGAGAGAUGACUGAACUUAGUAAAGAUCCUGAAAAUUUUCAAAAUCCGAAUGAAGGUAAAGAACAAGGUGACUUUGUCGACUACAGCUGGGCUAACAUUGGAAGCUUUGAUGAUCUUGAUCGAAUCUUCAGCAAUGAUGAUCCAAUAUUUGGCAAUGUAAGUCUUGGUAGUGCUGAUGGUUUAUGGUCAUCAUCUAAAGAGGUAACAAACAGCCCUGGAAAAUCCUCUCUUACAAAUUUGGAUUAUCCUAACCCGGCUCUUAGGAGCACAUCUGGACAUUUGGAAGUCCAAAGAGGAUAUGAACGACAAGAGAACCAGUCAUUUACCCUUAGUUAUGGGAAACUGGAUGAUUCCACAUCUCAUGGUCUGCAUAAUUUGGAAUUACGCGGGGAUAAAAGCAAAUCUGUAAUGGAGAAGCAGACGAAUGUAAAAACUGUGGGAAAGAUUGGUUCAUCGAAGUCUAAUCCCUUUGCAGAAAAAGCUGCGGCCCCUAAUGAACUGGAACUGGGCCCUAAGGCAUAUAGGCAGAAAAGGCUGUUGAAAAAUCGAAGAAAAACUGAAGAAAUAGGUAAGGCAAAGCAAGCACAAGAUUUACAUACCUGGACUCCAGCUGGAAAUCCAUUGGCCCAAUAUGAGAAUAAUGUGGCAACCUCGAUGCUAAAAUCUUCUCCAUCUUCAGUUAUUAGUCAGCAGAGGCAGCUUCAAGGAUCCGACUCACUGCAGUACCAGCAUGUCUCCAAUAUGUUUGUAGCCCCUUCUAUGUAUGGGAAUCUUACGAACCAAUAUCCUGCGAUACCUAUGUUACCCAACAUCCAGUCUGGGGAAUUUAAUCAGCAAACCGAGCUUCCUUGUUAUGAUGUUUCCCCUGGCCAGUCAAAUCCUUUAAAAAUCUCAGUUUUGAGAAUGACACCUCAAGAAAAAAUUGAAAAAUUGAGACGGCGCCAGCAAAUGCAAGCACUGCUUGCCAUUCAGAAACAGAAGCAACAAUUAACUCAUCAAGUUCCUUGUACCAAUCAAUCUGUCAUUCAAAAAUCAACUCAAGAAAAUCAUUUUCAGCAUGUUGAGGGAGCUGACGUUGAAGACCUUAACACUCUUCCUUCUUUUGACCGGAACUCACCUCUAGAGCAAGAUGAUUCUAGUAUGGUCUCUGUUGCAAUUGAUGACUAUUCUGUGGAGGAUACUGUACUUCAUCAGCUACAAGAAAUAGUUGCAAAGUUGGAUGUGAGGACUCGACUUUGCAUAAGAGAUAGUUUGUUCCGGUUGGCUCAAAGUGCAAUGCAGAGGCAUUCUGCUAGUGAGACAAGCAGCACUAAUAAAAUUGUCAGGGAUGAAAUUGAAGUUGCUAAAGAAGAAAAUAAGAACUAUAACAGGAUGUCUAAUGCUGAAACACAAACAAAUCCCAUAGACCGUACCAUUGCUCAUUUACUCUUCCAUCGGCCUCUGGAGUUGUCGGGAAAGCAUCCUGAGACCCCUGAAUCACCUGCUUCUAUAAAGUUCCCAAGUGAACGCAAAUCAGCGAGUUUAAUGAGUUUGCCAAUGGGUUGCAUAUCAGACAACUCACAAAUUAAACAAAACCUUUCUCAUCAGGUCUCAGAUGUUCCUUCUCCAUUGGUCCUACAACAUGUGGAGCAGUUUAAGAACAGCCCUCGCAUAGAUACUUCCGAGAAUGAAUCGAACUACGGGCCUGCGGGUGGUGGAGUUGCUGAGGUUGAAGCCUCGCAAUGAAAACCCAAAAUUCUUCCAAGGCUGACCUGAUGCUAUUAAGCUUAUCUGGAACAUUGUUAUUUCAAGUCUGUUAUCACAUUGGUGUGGUGCAUGUGUCUAUGUUAGUUACGUACUUCGAAAAACAUUCAUCGGUCCGUCUACCCUCGGACAGACAAUUUUGUUUGUGUCGUCUAAUGUAUAACUUGAUAUGCAAUGUCAUUCAACUAUGUCAAACCUAACCAGUCUUGAUGGAUCGAUAUUGGUGUUCAAAUACUCUUCUGCUACAUAAAUUUGAAGAGAAGUUCCAUUGUGUUAAA